GAGAAAACAAAGAAUCAAUCUUAUUUGAUUAUUACUUUUAUGUUUUUAUCCAUCUUUUUAUUUUCAAUUUUUAUUCAUUAAUAACACCACACACAUUAUAUACAUAUAUAUGGUUUUUUUCUUUUUAUUUAUCUUUUUUUAAUUUCACCACAAUUCAUUUAACUAUUUAUUUAAAAAGAAAUCUAUCUGUUACACCAAUUUUUAUUUUUUUUUAAAUUUUAUUUUUUUAUUUUUUUUAAAAUUUUUUAAAUUUAAUUUAAUUAUUUUUUUUAAAAAUUUUUCAUUUAUAUAUUUAAUUUAUUACAAUAAUUUUAUAAUAAUAAUAAAUAUUAUAAUAAUAAAAAGAAAACUUGAUAUAUAGAAAAAAAAUAUCUCGUUAUCAUAAAAUCUCACACAUAAAAUAUACUUAAAAUAUUUACAAAAUACUAUUAAUACAACAAAUAUAAUACAAUAAUAAAUAAAUAAAAAAUGAUGAAUUGUAAUUAUUUAUCUCAAAACUAUAAUGACCAAGCAGGAUGUAUUCCAAUUAGAAUUAAAAAAGAUGAAAACUCAACAAACUCAUUAAUUACACAAGACGAUAUUCAAAUUAUGUUAGUAACAUCUGGUACAAGCGGUAUGAAUUGGGUAUUUCCAAAAGGUUCAAUAAAGAAAUCCGAAUCAAAUAAAAAGGCAGCAAAAAGAGAAACUUUUGAGGAAUCUGGUAUUAAAGGUAAAAUUCUUCAUCAAUUAUCCCCAAUCACUUUAGCUGAUCAUAACAAAGGUGUAAAUAUUACCUAUUUCCCUUUAUUUGUUGGUAAAAAAAAAAACACUAAAAAAGAAUGGAUGGAACAAACCAAAAGACAAAGAAAAUGGUUUAGGUUAUCAAAAGUACUCCCAAUUCUUGGUGAAGUUAAACCACAUAUCGAAGCAGCUAUUCUACAGUUACAAAGAUCAAUCGGUACCUUACAACAACAAUUAAAUACCACAUUUAAUCUUCAAAGCGUCCCAUUGGAUCAAUUCCCACAAACUGAAAUUGCAGAUUUUGUUAUUGAAACAAACAAAAAGAAAAAGAAAGAUGUUCAAGAUGGAAAAGAAGGAAAAAAAAAGAAAGAAGGUGGUAAAAAAGAUAAAAAGAAAAAAAAUAAAGAGAAUGGGAGUGAUCCAUCAAAAACAGAUAAUGGUACUACCGCAAGCGAACCUUUAGCCCAAUGUAUUCAAUAAAUAAAUAUAGUAUAAUUAUAAAUAGUAAUUGUUUGCUAUUUAUAUCAC